GUGGAAGACAAACUUCGACGACUUUGCACGUUUUUCACGUCGAAGAGUUUUGAACAGAUUGACAUGACCUUCGACCUCACUGUCGAUAUCAAUGUAGAUCGAGGCUACUUUCUCGAAAUGAUGGCUGGAGCAAUAACAUUUCAUUUUGGAAUCCAGACCGAUGUCUCAACGCUGGAACAGUUCCAAACACUUGGAGAUAUUGCAAACUACAUCUAUAGCAACCAAUAG